AUGUCUACAUUUGGCUACAGAAGGGGACUUAGUAAAUAUGAAUCCAUCGAUGAGGAUGAACUUCUCGCCUCCCUCUCAGCUGAAGAGCUGAAGGAACUUGAGAGGGAGCUGGAAGACAUUGAACCUGACCGAAACCUUCCCGUGGGGCUAAGGCAAAAGAGUCUGACAGAGAAAACCCCAACGGGGAACUUCAGCCGAGAGGCGCUGAUGGCGUAUUGGGAAAAGGAGUCCCAAAAACUUUUGGAGAAGGAACGGCUGGGGGAAUAUGGAAAGGUUGCUGAAGAAGACAAAGAGGAGAGUGAGGAGGAACUGAUCUUCACAGAGAGCAACAGUGAAGUCUCCGAGGAGGUGUGUACAGAAGAGGAGGAGGAGUCUCAAGAGGAGGAAGAAGAAGAGGAAGAAGAGGACAGCGAGGAAGAGGAAGUGCCAACGGAAGCCACAAAACAUAUGAACGGAACUGUAAGCUACAAUAGUGUUAAUACUGAUAACGUUAAGCCAAAGACAUUUAAAAGCCAAAUAGAAAAUAUAAAUUUAAGCAACGGCAACAGUGGAGGAACGCAGAGGAACACAGAGUCGCCAGCUGCCAUCCACCCUUGUGGCAAUCCCACCGUUAUUGAGGAUGCUCUGGAAAAGAUUAGAAACAACGACCCUGACACGACAGAAGUCAAUCUGAACAAUAUCGAGAACAUCACCAGCCAGACCUUAUCCCGAUUUGCCGACGCUCUCAAGGAGAACACGGUGGUGAAGACGUUCAGUCUGGCCAACACGCACGCCGAUGACGCUGCAGCCAUCGCCAUUGCAGAAAUGCUCAAGGUCAACGAACACAUUACCAGCAUAAACGUGGAGUCCAACUUCAUCACUGGCAAGGGGAUCCUGGCCAUCAUGAGGGCCCUGCAGCACAACACAGUGCUCACGGAGCUGCGCUUCCACAACCAGAGGCACAUCAUGGGCUCCCAGGUGGAGAUGGAGAUCGUCAAGCUACUCAAGGAGAACACCACGCUGCUGAGGCUGGGCUACCAUUUUGAACUCCCAGGACCAAGAAUGAGUAUGACGAGUAUUUUAACAAGGAAUAUGGAUAAGCAGAGACAAAAACGCAUGCAGGAGCAAAAGCAGCAAGAGGGGCAUGAAGGAGGGGCUACUCUUAGGACCAAAGUCUGGCAAAGAGGGACGCCUGGCUCUUCUCCAUAUGCGUCUCCGAGGCAAUCUCCCUGGUCAUCUCCCAAAGUCUCCAAGAAAGUUUCCACUGGGAGGAGCAGACCUCCAUCUCCUGUGGCCCCGCCCCCGCCCCCUCCUCCUCUUCCUCCCCACCUGCUGCCUCCUCCCCCCCCUCCCCCUGCUCCUCCACUCCCAGAGAAAAAGCUCAUCACCAGAAACAUCGCAGAAGUCAUUAAACAACAGGAAAGUGCCCAGCGGGCCCUNCAAAAUGGACAGAGAAAGAAAAAAGGGAAAAAGGUUAAGAAACAACCAAACAAUAUCCUAAAGGAAAUUAAGAAUUCUCUGAGGUCAGUGCAAGAGAAGAAAAUGGAAGACAGCUCCCGACCCUCUACCCCACAGAGAUCAGCUCAUGAGAACCUCAUGGAAGCCAUUCGGGGGAGCAGCAUAAGACAGCUACGGAGGGUGGAAAUUCCUGAAGCGCUGAGAUAGACCGAUCUGUAGAAGAGGACCCGGAACUGUUUAGUGGUGUGGCCCAAGGUGCAUUGUGAGCUGUUUCCAAAAUGCCUUCUUUAAUUUGAAAUAUUUCCCAACUUCAAAGAUAGUGUCACUAUGGAAUUCCAAGGGAAUUCUAAGAAGCAAUGAGCAUGUUUCUUCUGUAAAUAUGAAAAUAAACUUCUUUUUUAUGUCCUAAGAUUCAUAUGGGCAGUGAGCCUCGGAAGAUCUCUUUCCAUCUCUGGCAUCUCAGUUACUGAGUUCAAAUCACUUAAAGAAUAUGCUAUUAUUUUUGCAAUCCC